UGAAGGCUCGGUCUUGGUCGCUUCCGUCUGCCCGUGCUGCCGCUGAGCGACAUCGUCCGAACUAAAAACACUGAGCUACAUGUCCACCGAUGUCCUGAGGGUGGUUUUUCCUGUAGACCACCUGCUUUGCCAUGCUGGUGCUCGGUGUGCGGCUUCAAGCUGUCCGUUUGGUCCGGUAGUUCGAGUCCAGGAAGCUGAAGAGACGAGAGUCGCGAGAGCAGACAGGAGGCCACAGUUCCCCCUCACUGACACACAUAAACACACACAUAUACACACAUCACCAGGGCCUUGAUGGUGAUGUAUGCAAGGAAACCUGCAAGAGCCAGCGAUGGGUGCAACGACAGAAGGGAGUCCCAGUCCUAUCAGGCCCAUAAAGCUCAGCCCAAGAGCCAUUCUGGCAGUCUUCACCGAUACGACAAGGUGCGCGAUGGUUCCUCAGAUCCAACACCCCCUUACAAGGUGCUGCGACGCUCAGAUGAAAGUCCUGUCACCCGACAUGGCGAUGCUGCAGGACAUGGCAAGGCAAAACCCUCAAACACAAUUAGAGGGAAAAAUGGGACCAACGGCUCUCCUCAGGAGAACUCUCACAACAACAGCUCGCACAGUGCUGACAUGCACACGACUCAGAGCAAGCCUACGGAGAGGGACCCAGCUGAUGACUGGACCGAACACAUCAGCUCCUCUGGGAAGAAGUACUACUACAACUGCAGGACUGAGGUUUCCCAGUGGGAGAAGCCAAAAGACCUGCUGGAGAGGGAGCAACGGCAGAAGGACACGGUCAAGGUGGCGACGAAUAGUUUCCCCCGGGAUAUGGACUAUAGACAAGAAGCUUUGCAAGACAAAGCCGCAAAGACCAGUUUAGGGGACCAAACCGCAGCGUCGAACUCCGGCCAUUUCUCCUCCUCCUCCCAGAGUUUGACCUCUGCAUCCAGUGCUUCAUCCUCCUCCUCCACCACCACCUGCACCACCACUUCCUCUUCAUCCUCCACGACCACGGCGCAGUCGUCCCAGUCCGUGCAGUCGCAGUCACCCGUCGCUCUGCUCCAGGACCCUGCCCUGCUGCACCAGCUGCUGCCUGCCCUGCAAGCCACGCUGCAGAUGAACAACGGCAGUAUGGACAUGGCCAAACUCAAUGAAGUCUUGACGGCUGCUGUCACCCAAGCUUCCUUACGGUCUGUGCUUCAUAAGCUCCUCGCUGCUGGACCUGCUUUCAACAUCACUGCUCUGCUCUCAGCUGCGCAGCAUUCCCACCAAGCCCAGCACUCCAGUCAGUCUCCUGUGUCCCUGCCAUCAGACGCGUCAUCACCACGGCCUUAUGUCUCACCACGGAACGGCACACCGCAGAGCAACCAGAAGUCUCAUUCCGGCAACACGCCGUCACAAACAAGGGGCAGCGUGUCAUCAGCUAAGCUGGCACCUCUCGUCCAGCCCUCGGAGAAGCGUCUGGAGGACCCCAGAACCCUCCAGCAAAGAAGUCAGGAGAUCAUCUGCCCUGGAUCAAGUGUAGCUGGCGCUGCCUUGCCGCACGCCCCCUCCAGCGGCGGCCAAAGCCAAGCUGACGCCCCCAGUACCUUCACCCCCACACUGGCAGCUCAUUUUGAUGAAAACCUCAUCAAACAUAUCCAAGGAUGGCCUUCAGAGAACACUGAGAAACAGGCGGCUCGGUUGCGUGAGGACUUCCACAACAUGGGCAGCCUGUACAUGUCGGAGCUGUGCACGGAGAUGAAGAACCUCCGCUCCCUGGUCCGAGUCAGCGAGAUCCAGGCCACCUUACGGGAACAGAGGAUCUUGUUUCUGAGGCAACAGAGCAAAGAGCUGGACAAGCUGAAGAACCAGAACUCCUACAUGGUCUGAGGCCUGGACCAGAGAGACUGGAGUUUUAAACAAGCAGAAGAGACAUGGACAGCUGCUGCUGUUAGUUUACUGUCUCCGUUAGAAGGAUCGAAAGCAGCAUCAUUCUAAACAUGCGUUUCUUUCUUUUCUUUUCUUUCCUUUUUUUUUUUAAGUGUCAUCACAUGCGCUCAUUGAAAGUUAAGACCAGUGUCAGAAACCUUUUUAACAACGGACCUGAAGCUCCUUGUGGCACCUUUUUUGGACGCUGAAACUUGGAUCUUGUGUAUCGUACUGGGUUCUUUUGUUUACUGGUGUGAUUUGAUGUGUAGUUGUCAGGAAAAGCUAUCAGUUUGUGCGUGAAGAUUUCAAACAUUAACCGUUUUGUAACCGGCGGGGGCUCAGGUGGCAACCUCUUCUGAUAAAACUGGAUCUUGUCUCCAGCAGUGCCAGCAUCCCGGAGGCGUGAUUUCCUCUAGCUGGCGUGUACGGACGCCACAUGUUUCCGAAACAUUUUAAGAUUCAGAUAAUUGGUUCCAGUGGUGCAAAUUAAGCGGGACAUCUGAACAAGUCAUGCACUCCACAUGUUUCAAAGCCAUUUCUGAACAGGCCUGUGUCAUUGGACCUACGCCGGCUGCUACUUCCUUUCAUUCGUAGCCCUGCUGAACAUUCUUCUUCUUCUUCACCACGUUCUUUUUCGCCCUCCGGUGAAUCUCACGGGGGAAAUAUUCCAUUCCUUUUGUGCAGCAUAGCAGUUAUUUUCGUUCCAAAAAAAAAAAAAAAAAAAGUGACUGAAUUUUCUGUAAGUUAUUGUUGCACAUGCUUGGUUACGCUUUUCUUUGUAGAAAUAGUUGGAAAAUAUUUUUGUUAAUUUGACGUCUUUGUUUCAGCUCACCCAAUUUUACAUCUGACUCGAGUCUGAUUUGGCUUUUAAAGGGUCCAAUGAAGUUGAGCUGGUGUAUACUUGUUUUUUUUUUUUGUUUUUUUUUUUUUACACGUCGACCGGAGGGAUGGAGUUAAUGCCAGUCACACAUUUUCUCUGUUGUUUCUUUGAAUAGUUUCCACCAGAUUUGAUGGGUAAAAUUUCAGUUUUGUUUAGGGGGGGUGGGAGUGCGCUAAGGGCUUUGUAUUCUAUGAAAUAUGAGAAUAAAGUAUUAUACCACAACUCCUUGGUGAGAAUUGCCCACUCUCUUGGAGGUGCUGAAGUACAGGGUUUUGGAUGUGAAGUUUUGCAGUCUUGCUUCAAACCUAGCAAACUUUAUCAAGCAAAUAAUAGUGGUUAAAAAAAAUCACUUGUCACUUCAGGCACUUCUCAGACUUUUAGGAAACCAGUGGGUGUUUGGCUACAAUGCUGAGUGAGACAAUUUUGUUCCCGCCUGUCUAAUGCAGCUGGAAAUAUUCAUCUCAAAAACGAUUUUUCACUCGCUUUUCCGUUAGAACCCUGCACGCUUCUGUGACUGAUAGUGUUUAUCAAAUCAAAGAUGUGUCUCUCUGUUUUAAAGUAGGUUGCGUAACUCGGCUCUUUAGUAUUUUUUUAUUGUUUAAAAAAUUUAAUCAGAGUUCUCGGACCUUCAUUUGCACCUGGAGGGUGAUUGCAUAUAUGACCACUAGAUGGCGACAGGUGGCCUGUUUACUUCAGUUCUGUAAAUCAAUAAAUAACACUGAACGACA